AUGACAGGUGAUGACCCAAUUGCAGGAGGAACCCGCCCCGAUUCAGGUGCACAGUGGGACUUCUCGAAUCGGGUCUUCUGUGCCUACAACAGUGGAACUGGAGUAUUUGAAAUUUCCCUGUCUCAGGCAGAUGUAGGCGGCCUGACGGUGCCUUCUACUAGAGUCAGUCCGUCUGCGCCCACUGGGUCAAACGAUGGGAUGAACUGCAUCACCGUGGACGCUCCGUUUACCACCACCACCAGCACCACCACAAAAUCAGGUGGGGCUGCAGGGGACCCUCACAUUUCUACACUUGAUGGCAGGCACUACACCUUGAUGCGGCAAGGAAACUUCAAACUCUGGGGAUUCAGAGGACCAGAAUUCCAAACGCCCCACCAGUUGAAGGCCUCUGCAAACUGGCAGCUACUGGUACACUACUCAGGGGCCGCUUCCUUCAUGAAGGGCCUGCUGCUUCUGGACAAGUCAUCUGCGCCGCACCAAGCCCUUCAAAUGACGUCCGAAGAUUGCACCUGGCGCAGAACAGUCCAGAAUCCUUUGAAACAGACGCCUGCAUGGUCCGUUUGGUCCUUGGAUCCUGCGGAGGAGUCUGUGGAACGUGUGACAUUGAUGAGCUUGACAGAUGAGAUUCACAAACAGCCUGUCCACCCCACGAAUUCUGCCAAACGAGUUUCCUACUUGAAACUCUCCCUGCACACGGAGGAAGGGGUGGUGACCGUUGCAGAUUUAAAAGUGAUUUGCAGGGUGGGGCAUCAAGUCAACACCAGAGUCAACAUGCAUCGCCUUAGCGACAUGCAGUUUGUGGAGGGUCAAAUAGCGCCAGGGCGCCAACCGCGGCAAGGAGAUGAGGAACAACAUUUCACAGAAACAUGGGCAGAGCUGGGUGGCAGCCAGCAUGCAGCUCUCUACUUGUACCAGUCUGACGUUACGCCGGGCGCCAUGCUGGCAUCUACAAGUUGUGCAGAGGAAGAGACUUUCAAAGCAUCCAAAGUUUGUGCCAAGCAUUUCAGCCACUUGAACAUCCCAGAGACACACGAUGCGUUCCAAGAUUGUGUCUUUGAUGCUUGCCGUGGAGAUGCGGAGGAGGUUGCUGAUCUUGCAGCAGAGAUGCUGAUAGAUUAG